AUGUCCGGAGCAUCUUCAAGCACCGCUUCCACUUCCUGUGAUGCUGGGGACAACCAAGACAACAUCAUGUUUGUUUGCAUCCAGAACAGCACAGGUAGAACGGAAGCCAUGAAGAGUGCAGCUGGUGGAGGCAACAAGGAGGUGAUCUUUAGUCACAUCAAGGAGGGCAAAGGCCCAAUCCGGACGGACCUGACCCCUCCCCUCCCCUCUUCCAGCGUGUUUGCUAACCAAAAGGAUUGCCACCAACUUGCAAGUCACUUCCAUGGACGCCUUCUUGUGUUGGUCCACCACACCAGUAGCAUAGUUGCAAUGCCAUGAGUGGAUGCAGACUUGAGUUGGCUUGGUAGGGGUCUUCAUCUUGACAACUGGAGAGAUGCAGAUGGGAGUUGGGGUGUGAAGGGGGAGAGUUUCUCUUUGAGCUGGUGGUUGCAAGAAUGUGGUAGUGAAGAAGUCAAGAGACAUUCUGGGUUUGCGCAAAGCUUUGUUAUUGCCAUAGCCUUAAUCCAUCCAUUCCUAGUUGUGAAUCAUCUCUUUGUAGGACAGGCGCAACAAUCUGGAACUCACUUUGGCUGGAGGCUUUGGGCAAUUGUCGACAGCAUCAGUGGUGUAGUUGACAUGCCACGAUUGCCAACAGAAGCCCUCUGGUUGGACAAACACCUGUCAUGACCGACAACAGCACCGGUCGAAGGGUCGCGUCAGCUAGCGCACAAGCCGUUGCUAGCAGCUCAAGCACUGCAGCAGCUAGCUCGGACACUCUUGGAUCAGGCAGCCGCGUCGGGCGCAGUGCACCAAGACGCCAAACUGAUGGGAAUCGCGACACGGAAAUCAUCGACUUGGUCACGCCUGAGAUCGGUUCCAGCAGCCCUUUCUCAUCCAGUGAAAGGCCUCGCAACAAUUGA